AAUGUACAGUUUUGAGCCGCUGAGUAAGAAUAACAUCAGUGGCACAUCUAGCUUGCAUGCAUCAACAAGCGUCGCCAGGGGAAAUGUGUCCGAGAUCGUUGCCAUGGGCACCAGCAUCACCAUUCCCUGUGAGAUUGACGAGUCACAGCGCGCGUCGCACGUCAUAUUAGCCACGCGGGAAUGCCCGCUCGUAUAGAAUCCGACCAGCCGAUUCUGUUGAAGGAACUACAUCCUCUUCUACUAUCACUUCACGGUUAGUGUCACUCCUCAGAGACUGCGCGGACACAGUUCUCGAACAGUAGGCUGCAUCUCAACGCAGUCGAGACUUCGCAGACUCAGCGCCGCCAGGAAAACGAUAUGCAAGUGAGAUUGAACCUCACGGACAAGACUGUGGGGAAGUCACUCGAUGGCGUCAGUGACAACUAUAAUCGCAGCUUCUGACAGCUGCGGAGUAGUAUGAAGCUCCUCACGUCGAAGUAUAAAGAUAGGUGGAAAUGCCUCAACAGUCUCGUCGUCACAUCACAGACAAACAUCAAC